GACGACGACGCGGUAAAACGGGGAGGCAAACGCCAAGAGAAGGCUUCCUCCCAAAGCCUUCCAAGCCAGACACACGGCCGCCGCAGCCGAGAUGGCCGCCGGAGAUGCCACCCACGCGCCGCCGGCCGCGGAGGCGCAGUCUCUGGUGGAUUCGUUCUGCGCAGUCACCUCGGCGACCCCCGACGAGGCGACCUUCUUCCUCGAGGGCCACAACUGGGCCCUCGAGGCCGCCGUCCGCUCCUUCUACGACAACACGGAAGUCGACGCCGAUGGCCCCGAUCCGGCACCCCAGCCCCCGCCAGCCGGUUCGCCUCCGUGCUCCUCACCACGCGCCACGGCACCAUCGACGACCUCCUUCACACCGGCGAGCUCGCGCUAUGUUCAGUGGUGCUAAUGUCCGGGCUCAUCAUAAUCCUGAGCAGCGCCGCCAAGAUCACUCACCAGGUGCAGGCCCUCAUGGGCCAGACCACCAAGUGGCACGCCUGCUGCACCAUCGAGCCGGUCCCGGACGACGAGAUAGAUCCGGGAUCCAACCAGAACUCCAUGCUGGAGGAGUACCCCGAGCCCGAGGACGAGAGCGACUGUGAGUCCAGCGAGGAGACCGGCGACGAGGACAUGGUGGAGAACACCAAGUUCCUCCAGCCUCACAUGCACGUGAUCUCCUUCCAGAAGAGGCAGGCACUAGUGACCUUCCUGGAGAACAACAACGCCGGCAUCACCGUCUUCGGGUUCACGCUGGACCGGUCGUACCUCCACACGAUAUUCAUGCUCGAGUGGACGUUCUUCCUGUGGCUGCUGGGGAAAACAGUCGGCUUCUCGUGAAGACGAGGGACUGUAUGCACCAAGGUUCUAUUCUGUUCCAUGUUUUUUUGCUGUUGUGCUCCGUUUGAUCCUUGUGUGAAAAGAGAAGGAG